GACGCGGAGCGAUGGCAGCCCUGCUCAGACCCGCCCGCUGGCUCCUCCGUGCCGGGGCGCCCUCGCGCCUGCCGCUCUCCCUGCGCCUCCUCGCGGGUGGCCCGGGCCGGCCCCUCGCCGGGCCCGCAGCCGGAGGGCUACAGAGCCAAGCCAGGCUCUAUGCCAUUGCUGCUGAAAAAAAGAAUUAUCUUCAAGACGAGCACACUUCUCAUAGAAGGAAUGCAAGUCAAUUUGAUUGGGCUGUAAUGAGACUUGAUAAUUCUGUCCGAAGAACUGGUCGCAUCCCAAAGACUCUUCUACAAAAAGUCUUUAAUAACACCUGCAACUCAGGUAGCCCAGGUAGUAAUCAAGCCUUGCUUCUGCUGCGCAGCUGUGGUUCUCUUUUGCCUGAACUAAAGCUGUCAGAGAGAACUGAAUUUGUGCAUAGAAUAUGGGACAAACUUCAGAAAUUGGGUACUGUAUAUGAUGUAAGUCACUAUAAUGCUUUACUUAAAGUCUAUCUUCAAAAUGAACAUAAGUUCUCGCCAACUGACUUCUUGGCACAAAUGGAGUCAGCAAACAUUCAACCAAAUCGAGUGACAUACCAGAGGCUGAUUGCUGCUUAUUGUAAUGUAGGCGAUAUUGAAGGUGCCAGCAAGAUUCUUGGAUUUAUGAAAAGUAAAGAUCUUCCAGUCACUGAGGCAGUAUUCAGUGCCCUUGUUACAGGGCACGCAAGAGCUGGAGAUAUGGAGAAUGCAGAAAAUAUUCUCACAGUGAUGAAAGAGGCCGGCAUUGAGCCUGGUCCGGACACAUACCUGGCAUUAUUGAAUGCGUAUGCUGAGAAGGGUGACAUUGAUCAUGUUAAGCAGAUCCUGGAGAAGGUGGAAAAGUCUGAUCUUUACCUCAUGGACCGUGAUUUAUUACAAAUUAUCUUUAGUUUCAGUAAAGCUGGAUAUCCUCAAUAUGUCUCUGAAAUUUUGGGGAAAAUUACAUAUGAAAGAAGAUAUAUUCCAGAUGCAAUGAACCUCAUUUUGCUUUUAGUCACUGAAAAAUUGGAAGAUACGGCAUUGCAAAUCUUAUUAGCAUGUCCUGUAUCGAGGGAAGACAAUCUAAAUGACUUCGGCAGUUUCUUUUUACGACACUGUGUAACCAUGAACACGCCUGCAGAGAAGCUGAAAGACUACUGUAAGAAGCUGAAGGAAGCCAAGAUGCACUCAUCUCCUUUACAGUUCACACUCUAUUGUGCUUUAGUAGCCAAUAAAACUGAUUUGGCAAAAGAUCUAAUGAAGGCUCUGAGGGAAGAAGGUUUUCCUGUCAGAACUCACUAUUUCUGGCCAAUGCUAGUUGGAUAUCAAAAGGAGAAAAACGCUGAAGGUAUAAUUGAAGUCCUUAAAGUAAUGCAUGAAAUGGGAGUAAAUCCUGAUCAGGAGACGUACAUAAAUUAUGUAUUUCCAUCCUUUGAUAGUAUACAAUCAGUUCGUGCUGUGUUGCAGGAAAAUGGGUGUCUACCUGAAAGUAAUAUAUUUUCUCAAGCCGAAUUGAAAAGUGAAGCAGUAAAUGGAAACUUGGCUUUUAUUUUGUCAUUUUUGGAAUCAAAUACAUUGCCUGUCUCGUUUGCUUCUUUGAGAGGCAGCCUAAUUCUGGGCUUUAGGAGGUCUAUGAAUAUAGAUCUUUGGAGCAAGAUAACAGAACUGUUGUACAAGGAUGGACGGUAUUGCCAGGAGCCUCCAGGACCAACGGAAGCUGUUGGCUAUUUUCUUUAUAACUUGAUUGACAGCAUGAGUGACUCAGAGGUACAGGCCAAGGAGGAGCGUUUGAGACAAUACUUCCAUCAGCUGAAGGAGAUGAAUAUAAAAAUUCCUGAAAAUAUCUACAGAGGCAUUCGUAAUCUACUGGAUAGCUAUCAUGUUCCUGAGCUGAUUAAGGAUGUUAAUAUGUUGGUUGAAAGAGAGAAGACAGACUCCCGAAAACAGCUUUCAUCAUCUGAUUUGGAGUCUACACUUCAAAAACUAAAAGCUGAAAAUCAACCUAUAGGAGAUGUCCUAAAGCAACUCAUAUUACUGCUUUGUUCAGAUGAGAAUAUGCAGAAAGCUCUUGAAGUGAAAGCAAAAUAUGAAUCAGAAAUGACUAUCGGUGGUUAUGCAGCUUUAAUAAAUUUAUGCUGUCGACACGAUAAUGCAGAAGAUGCAUUGAACCUGAAACAAGAACUUGACCGUUUAGAUUCAUCUGCUGUCCUUGACACCAGCAAGUAUGUAGGCCUUGUAAAAGUAUUGGGAAAGCAUGGCAAGCUCCAAGAUGCUAUUAACAUUCUAAAGGAGAUGAAAGAGAAGGAUGUUCUUAUCAAAGAUGCAACAGUCUUGUCCUUUUUCCACAUCCUGAAUGGUGCAGCUUUAAGAGGUGAAACUGAAGCAGUAAAACAGUUGCAUGAAGCCAUCAUGACUCUGGGGUUAGCAAAACCAUCUGCCUCCUUAAGUUCCCCCUUGGUCACUCUAUAUCUGGAAAAGGAUGACUUACCUGCUGCUCUUGAAGUCUCUAUUGACUGCUAUCAAAGGUAUAAAGUAUUACCAAGGAUUCAUGAUGUCUUAUGUAAACUGGUAGAGAAAGGAGAGACUGAUCUAAUUCAGAAAGCAAUGGACUUCGUGAGCCAAGAACAAGGUGAAAUGACAAUGCUCUAUGAUCUGUUUUUUGCCUUUCUACAAACAGGAAAUUACAAAGAGGCCAAGAAGAUCAUUGAGACUCCAGGUAUUAGAGCUCGACCUACAAGACUUCAGUGGUUUUGUGAUCGAUGUAUUUCAAAUAAUCAGGUUGAAACUCUAGAAAAAUUAGUGGAACUGACACAAAAGCUGUUUGAAUGUGAUAGAGACCAGCUGUACUAUAGUCUACUAAAACUAUAUAAAAUAAAUGGUGACUGGCAAAAAGCUGAUGCUGUCUGGAAUAAAAUGCAAGAAGAAAAUAUUAUUCCUCAUACGAAGACAUUAAGAUUAUUAGCAGAAAUCCUUAGAAACAGUAAUCAGGAAGUUCCUUUUGAUGUACCAGAGUUGUGGUAUGAAGAUGAAAAGAAGCCCCUGAAUUCUUCAUCAUCCGUACCCGUAGAAGCCAUUUUUCAGAAAGACCUAUUAAAAGCCUGCCAACAGAAGAAGAGCAAAGAUGCAUAUAAUAUUUUCCAGAAAGCACAAAAGCAAAACAUUGUGUUUAACAGUGACACUUACAUCAGUCUUAUAAAAUUACUGUUGUACAAGAGUAUACUUCCAGAAGCAAUGGAGGUGAAAGUUUUCGCUGAGACCCACAUCAAGGGCUUCACACUGAACGAUGCUGCCAACAGCCUCCUCAUCAUAACGCAAGUUAGGCGGGAUUAUUUGAAAGAGGCUCUAACAACGCUAAAAACAACCUUUAGUUUGGGGCAGACACCCUCUAACCUCGCAGUGACCCGCCUUAUUCAGGCAUGUGCCUUGAAGGGUGAUUUGGAAAGCAUACAGGAGAUUCAGAAGAUGGUAAAUGGACUCGAAGAUUCGAUCGGACUUUCAAAUAUGGUUUUCAUCAAUAACAUUGCUUUAGCACAAAUAAAAAACAAUAACAUAGAUGUCGCAAUAGAAAACAUUGAAAAUAUGCUUACUUCGGGAAAUAAAACAAUGGAUCCUCAGUACUUUGGCUUGGCGUACUUAUUCAGAAAAUUAAUAGAGGAGCAGUUGGAACCAGCAGUCGAAAAGAUAAGCAUCAUGGCAGAGAGAUUGGCCAAUCAGUUUGCAGUUUACAAACCUGUCACCGAUCUUUUCCUUCAGCUUGUGGAGUCAGGCAAGGUGGAUGACGCCAGAGCUCUCCUACAGAGAUGUGGUGCCAUUGCCGAACAAACCCCAAUUUUCUUGGUGUUCUGUGUUAGGAGUUCUCGGCGAACAGGAAAGGCACAAACUCUGAAAUCUUUGAUAGAGUUGAUUCCUGAAUUAAUUGAAAAGGAAGAAGCCUACACUUCCAUCAUGAAAAGCUAUGCCUUGGACAAAGAUGUUGCGUCCGCUAAACUGCUGUAUGAACAUUUGACUGCGAAGAAUAUAAAAUUAAAUGAUUUAUUUCUAAAGCGUUAUGCAGUACUGAUGAAGAAUUUUGGAGAGUCUGUCCCUUUCACUGAACCCCCUGAAAGUUUUGAAUAUUAUGUGAAGCAGCUAAAGGAAGCAAAGGAAAAUCUAUAAAACAGGCUGGCACUAUUUUAUUUUGUAUAUGUUUGUGAUUCUGUCUACAAUGUUAUUUUUUAAAUGUGAGAGGAAAAUAAAUAAAUGAAAAGUUACUUUGUUUUUGUACUUUUCUUUAUUCCCAGUACAUGAUAUGUUUAGCAUUUCAUUGACAGUAACUCUACACUUAGUCAUUAGACUUUUCUGGCUUUUGCCUACAAUAUAAGUCUACAACACUUUCUUUGAGGCUUCUGAUGUAUGUAGCCAUAAUUUUUGAGGUUUUUUUAACCCCAGCUGAUUCGUAUGGUCCCCCUGCUCUAUUUCAUUGAAAUGUUGUUCCUUUAUUUAAGAUUUUCUUGUUAAUAUCAUCGAAGCUGAAAAAAUUUGGAGCUAGACACAAUGAUGAUCAAUGAGCUUUCUCUUGCUUACUAGCCUGCAACAUGACAAUAAUUUACAUGUGUGAAACCCUGCAUAAUUUUCUAAUUUUGUAAAAUGUUGCCCUUCAAAGCAUCUUGGGAGUCAUCAAAUCCAGUGCUCUUUGUUUUCCAUUGAAAAGCAAGCCUGAGGUGACUGUUGCUUGUCCUUGGUCAGGGUGCUCUGCUGGUACCUGAGGUCUCCUCACCAGCCUUGCCUUUCUACCAUAGUGGCUUCCAUGAGCCUCUGUUCAUGGAAGUCUCCAUUGCUGACUCUUUGCAUUUUCAUUAAAUAGAGCAGUGCCUGUGCUCUCUCUCAUUUUGGUUUCAGGUCUUUGUCUAUUCCCUACACUGGGCUUGUUACUUUAUAUAGUCAUAUCCUAUCACUGUCUUAUUUCACAUAUAAGGGAGUGAAAUCUUGUUUUGUAUUCAAUUUUAUCAAAUAAAAAUUACCGCAGAAUUGGCUCUCAUGCCUGUUAAUAUCUACAUUUCAAGUAGUUGCUUAGAAAGAAUUUAAAAUGGGUAGUCAGGACAGUUUACCAGUGCAAAAGUAUCUUAGGAAUAUUGACCUUUUAGGGAUAGGUAAUUAAUUACAAAAAAUUCAUUAUUAAAAGUUGAAGAUGUUUUAUUUGAGAGUUAUUCCCAUUUUGGUGUGUUGUGUCCAUUUGAAUUCGGAGACGACCUACCGUUUUGGUUUCAGUGACCAUUUGCUUGGUUCCCUCUGUGUGCUCGAGGGAAGAUGUGGCACCUCACGCUCUAACCCAUGUCCUGUAGGACCAGCCAUCCUACAUCUGCAGCCUGAGAUGGCAUGAGAGGGGGCUUUUCUUCAUCUCUGUUUUGUAGAAUUAGACCUUAGGAAUUGGGGCUCAGCCCAUUCUAGAGGACUUCGUGAAGUUUCCAUUUGUGCUGUGGUAUGAUACUGAUGAGAUGACUGACAGUACAGCCACAUCUGUAUGAAGUGACUCCAAGCCAUCCUUCUAUAUUGACUAGCAAAGUGUGGGUAUAAUACAGAGGAAAUAGGUAAAAACCCCUCAUGUAGCGCUCUUAAGCAGCAGUAUGGGGCCAUUAGGUAUAUGACAUGUAUUAACAACUAUCGAGUCAUGUAUCUUUAUCACUGCAGUAGCUCUCUUUUAAGUAUAAAUAUUUAACAUGUAAUAAUUGUAUAUUUAGGUGGGCUUAUGAAUGCUUUUAUCUAAUAGCUAAAUAGAAAUACAGUGUAAACAAUCAUAGCGUUCAAAUGUAUUUUAGAUCCAAAUUAUAAGCAAUUAAUUUUAAAAUGUAAAUGUUACUAUAAACUUCAGGAAAUUUGGUGUUGUGUAUAUAUAAUUGCAAGCUCAUGUAUUUGUACUUAAUAAUUUUA